GAACAGCAGACCAGCCAGACCUAGAUAUUGCCGAGCCGUGCUCCAGAAACGCGCCCGAUCAUAGAUUUCGCCGUGUCCGAGAGAAAAGCCUAGAUAACGCCGUAAAUGGGGAAGAGCCUCGAUCAAGUCCCAUGAACAAUCCGAGCAUCGAUAAUUUCGGCCAAGUGCCACGUCUUUUCUGGCAGGAAAAUAACUAAGAGAGCUCCGUUGGUCACGGCAAAAGGGGCUCUUGAAAGCCGUCCAUCUCGCGCAAUUCCGCCGCGUCCUGCGGUUUAGCCAGGUCGAGUUUCCAGUCACGGCGUUAUGAUAAACGUGUAUGUGGUAGCCUGCUGGUUGCACGGGCUACGCGUUAUUCUUCUUUCGGACUACUCUUUAAUCUCCUGUCGCUGCCUCGCUUGUUCCCAUCGGUCAUCGUCUCACACCUUCACGCCACGCCUAAUCCUGUCACACACGUCUCUCUAGCUUAGUCGAUUAAUCUCCUCUCCGCAAUGAACGGACGGUCUUACCGGACGGGUAUACGCGCAGUCGUCUUCCUCCUCCUGCUCUCGUGCCGCGUGCCAGCGUCUCAUGCGUCCACAGCCGGCCUUAUCUGCGGGCGGAAUGACGACUACCUCGGCCAAUCCCUCCCUCGCUCUUUCUUCGAGACCCACGCUGAUGUGGAGCCAACGGGCGCCACGUCAGCUCCAGCGCAGGAGCAGCCACUUAGGAGAGUACGACAUCGCGGGAUUCGAACCCUGCUCUCCAUGCAACACGCUACACCAAGCAGCAGUUGCCGCAGCGGUCCGUUCUGAGGCGAGUGGGGGAGGGAGCGAUGCACUACGAGCUGGAAAACGUGUGCAUCCAUGCGCGGUUUCAAGGGAGGGGGUGACAUUGCACCGAGUAGAGGGUAUGGAGGGCGAUGGCUUGCCCCUAUGCAACGAGGCAGGUUGCUACACCUUUCCAGUCACACGCACCAAUGACAGGCUGCCAGGUGGCAAGCGGGGCCACAACGGAUGGAUAGAGGACGCGACAGCUGUCAUUCUCCCGCUCACGGCCGGCAAUCCUUGGCAUUUUCUGCAUCACCUUGUCCCUCUGUCGCAUCUCCUCUCGUCCCAGCGCCACACCAUGCGCAACGACACGGCACAUCUCUUCCCGUGCCUUGCGAGGGGGGCCGAAGACAUGCUCGCUCACCCCUCCCACAUGAAUGGGGAGGGCAUAAAUCAUGGGGAGGGGAUACAGGAAGAUGGUUCUUCUGCAAAAGAGACCGCACAUGACAUGCUCUCUCACCCUUCUGCACAUGACAUGCAUAGUGGUGGCAGUCAUCAUACCCACGACACCCAUGCCCAUGCCCACACAACUCCGCAAUUUACUGUGCCACCCAGUGAUUACUUCUCGCCACGCCACUUCCCCUGGUGGCCACUGCUCGCUGCUGCCGCCCCUCCAGAUAUGACCGUCUAUCAGGGGACAAAAGGUGAAUCAAAUCGAGAACAUCCCCCGCGAUUUAAUAAGAAUCAAAUCUCGCCGCCGCCUCACCUCCCAGCAUCACACUGACAGGGGCACACUGAUGACAGUGGCACAAGUAGCAGCAGCAGCAGCCAACCGCUCCUCCCCCUUCCUCUGCUACCGGCACGCCUUCCUCGGUCUGCCCCCGGCCUUCUCCCCUGGGAGCUUGCUGCAGAGGAGGCCGCCCCUGCUUCCACGAGAGGCGUUUCGUGAGUUCAGAAGGCGGGCUCUGGAGCUGGCUGGAGUGACAGAGACCAGGCCCCACUCUCCCAGUGUGCAAAAGCCACAGUCAGCCACUCAACCUGCUCCUCCAGAAUCCUCCACCACCCUUGGAUCAGCUGGCGUCUUUCAACCAGAACCGUUGGAUCUCCCGCCCUCAUCCUCUUCAUCGUCAUUUCAUCCGCCCGUCACUCGCCCUCUCAUGGGCAUCAUUGCUCGGGAUAAGACACGCCGCCUCUGCCACCUGCCAGAUCUGGUAAGGGCAGCGGAAUCAGUGGGGUUUGAGGUGCAAGUGCUGCGGUUUGAGCUGUGGGACGUGUGGCAGCAGAUUCGAGAGGCACACCGGCUGGACGUGCUGGCAGGCAGCCAUGGUGCGGGCAUGAGUAACCUCGUCUGGUUACCACGCGGAGCCCAGGUGCUAGAGAUCUUCCCAGCGCGCCCCUCCGCCCUGCUCCUCCCCGGUCGCACCCUCAACCCUGCCUCUGACUACGGCCGCUGGGCCCUCGUGUGCAACGUCUCGCAUGUCGUCGCGCUACAGUGCCCGUUACAGGAUGAACAGUGCCAGGUGGGGGAGCAGGUGGGGGAGAAGGUGGGGGAGCAGGUGGGGGAGCAGGUGAGGGAGCAGGUGGAAGCAACAGAGGCUGAGGAGGAGUUUGAGGCAGCUGUGAUUUCAACGGGCACCUUCAGGGAAAAGGAGCAAUCUGAUCGCUUUAGGCGAUUGGGCGGCAGAAGCCGAAGCAGCAGCCGCAGCCGCAAGGCUGGAGGGCCGACAGGACUGUAUAUUGACCUCGGGUUGUACGCUGCGCCUUUUGCCAGUGAUACUGACAGUGCCGCUGGUGAUAUGGAUGAAAUGCAGGUGGCUGAUAGUGUUAGCAUAUACACGAGUGCUCUCUCCCUUGCCCCGCCUGGUAACCUCCCUCCUGCAACUCCUGGUUUCCGGCGUCUAGAUCUUUUGGUUGGCCCUAGGUCGUUUCAAACGCUGGCACUUCAAGCCAUUAGACGAUUGGAAAGAACGCAACCUGAGGUUACGUGAAAAAGUAUUUUGUUGGCAUGUUAUAGCGAAAACAGCUCAACUCCCAACGUACCACAAUUUUACUGAAUGCUUGACAGACAAGACGUCGAUUGAUGGACUAUUCAAUAA